UGUCAUUUAAAUGUUUUAUUCUCGCUUUCUUUCCCAUUUCUCCCCUCUUCUCAGUUUCACCGAGGAUUUGUCUUGUCGAAGAAGAAAUUUGCAGAAAACCCUUGCUUUUUCACCUUUGCACAGCAAAGAUCUUGUUCUUUCUCUCGAUUUGAGAAUUCGCGAAGAUGACCCAAGACGCCGAGAUGAAAGAUCUUCCUGCUCCAUUGUCGUCUCCUUCCUCUUCAGCUUCCCCCUCAACUCUACAGAAUUUGAAAGAGAUUGUGUACCUCAUUGAGACCCGUGCCUAUGCCCAGGAGGUUUGGCGCAUUGUUCGUGCCAUUCGUCUAACUAUGGCAUUGAGGCGGAAGUUGAAGGCUUCUGUCCUUUCUCAAUUUAUGAAUCUUGUUCUCCCCUCUGGGUCCGAGGUUCACACUAGGUUAUCAUCAUUUCUUCCAAAGGAGGAUGACUGUGAAAUGGAUGUUGACACCGCAACACAAGCUCCUGCCAAACACCCUUUGCCCGAGAUAGAGAUAUUUUGCUACUUAAUUGUGCUAAUACUUUUGAUUAAUCAGAAGAAAUAUGACGAUGCUAAGGCUUGUGCCUCAGCAAGCAUUGCACGGCUUAAGAACCUUAAUAGGAGAACAGUCGACGUUUUAGCAUACAGGCUCUACUUCUAUUACUCCCUCAGCUAUGAACUCACUGGUGAUCUUUCUAAAAUAAGGGAUGAUCAUUGGUCGUUAAUUGUUAUCAAGGCGUAUGAUGAUGUGGUGUACUAUACUCAUUGAGAACAAGUUCACAAGAAGAUAUCAAACACAUAACAAAUAUGACAAUGACCAUUUUCCAAUCUCAAAAAAAUUGCAAAGGACUCGAAAAACCACAUUCUGGAAAACAGUAAAGUGUCCUUUACAAGUGGGAACUGUCGAAUGUGGGUAUUACGUUAUGAGAUAUAUGCGAGAAUUCUUGACUAAAAAGAAGAAUAUUAUAACAGAUACGAUUGAUACGAGGAGCUCGUACUCGCAACUUGAAUUGGAUGAAGUACGCAUGGAAUGGGCUGAAUAUUUAGGUCGCUAUAUUUGAUGGACUUCCUAUAAAUUGUGUAUGUGGCUACAUGGGAAUGCCAAAAAAAAAAAAUUGUGUAAAUGUUUUGUUCAGCCAUUAUAGGUUAUAUACUUCAAAGAAAUGUGUGGUAGAGGAUAGAAUUUUAGUCUUGUGAUUUUUGAAAUACAUAACACAUAUAGAUUGGUCUUACAAUUGUGGAAUCAUCAUAUAUUGGGGUGGGUUGAUAGAGUAAUGUAAAUUUUUGGAAUUAUCGUACUGUUAUAUGAUUCGUCUUGUAAAUUUUGAAAUCGUUCACGUAGAAUAGAAGAAUGGAAUUGUUUAUUUUAGUA